AUGAAUAUCGAUCAUCGAGUUAUAGCUUUAAUUGAUAUGGAUUGUUUUUAUGUGCAAGUUGAACAAAGACUUCAACCUGAAUUUCUUGGUAAACCAUGUGGUGUUUCACAAUAUUAUACUUGGAAAGGAGGUGGUCUUAUUGCUGUUAAUUAUGAAGCUCGAGAUUUUGGUGUUAAACGAGGUAUGCGAGGUGAACAAGCAAAAGAACUUUGUCCAGAUUUUCAUAUAUUUCAUGUUCAAGAAGUUAAUGGAAAAGCUAAUUUAAAUAGAUAUCGAGAUGCAAGUGCUGAUGUAUUUCGUGUAUUAAAUGCAAAUUUUAAACUUGUUGAAAAAGCAAGUAUUGAUGAAGCUUAUAUUGAUUUAACAGAAGAUGUUCAAAAAUUAAAAGAUAAAAAACUUCAAUUAACAAUAAAUGAUUUUUCAACAACACAUUUAGCUGGUUGUACAACUAAAAUUGAAGAUGAACGAAUAGAAAUUUUAAAUAAAUGGUUAAAUGAUUGUCAAUUAGAUGAUGAAAAACGUAAUUAUGAUCUUUUACUUGGUGCUUAUCUUAUUGAGCAAAUUCGAAAAAAAAUAAAAGAUCAAACAGGAUUUUUUUGUUCAGCUGGUAUUGCUCGAAAUAAAAUUUUAGCUAAAUUAUGUUGUGGAUUUAAUAAACCUAAAAAACAAACAAUUUUUACACAAUCAGAUAUCGAUCAUAUAUUUGAUAAAACACCAGUACAAAAAAUUCAAGGUCUAGGUGGUAAAGCAGGUGAACGUGUUGUGGAAUUAUUUCAAGUUGAAUAUAUAGGUCAAUUAAGAAAAUAUUCACUUGAUAUGUUACAAACAUCAAUGGGUGAAAAAGAUGGUUGUUGGUUAUUUAAUUUAAUUCGUGGUAUUGAAACAACACCUGUUAAUAAUAGAAAUUUAUAUAAAUCAAUAUCUGCAAGUAAAAAUUUUCCAGGAAAAACAUGUUUAGAUACUAUUGAUAAAAUUCGUACUUGGUGUCAUCAUUUAGCUGAAGAUGUUUUUAAUCGUUUAGAAAAAGAUCGUGCAGAAAAUAAACGUCGUGCUAAACUUUUAACAGUAAUAUGUACAUUAGCUACAAAUGAAACAAUAACUCGUUCAUGUCCUAUAAAUGAAUAUUCUAUUGAUAGAUUUGCUAAUGAUACUUUACGAAUAUUAAAACAAUAUAAUAAAAAUUCUUUAACAUCAAAUAUUUUUACACCAGUUAUUCAUCAUAUUGGUAUAAGUGCUGGAAAAUUUCUUGAUAAUAUUAAUACAAAAUCUAUAGCUGAUUUAUUUUCAAAACAAACAACUAAAAUUGAAACAAUAAUAUCAACUGAAAAUAUAAUCAAUUGUCAAGAAGAAGAAGAAGAAGAAGACGAUAACGAAGAAGAUAAUAAUACUGAAGAAAACAUUCUAGAAAAACCAACAUUACCAAUUCAAGGUGAUUUUUUUCGAAAAUUUCAAAAAUCUGAUGAACAAACGAAAAUUCAAUUAAAAUCUGAAAAUAAAACAACAACAUCAUCAUCAUCAAUUACAUCAUUUUUUUCUCGUUAUACAUCAAAUGAAAAUAUUCUAAAUUGUUCACCGAAUAAAAUCGAUGAUCAUUAUAUAACUUGUUCAAAAUGUCAUAAAUCUAUUUUAAUAUGGAAUAUGCCUGAACAUGAAGAUUUUCAUUAUGCACAUGAAUUACAAAUAGAAGAAAAUAAAACAAAUUCAAUAAUAAAAUCAUCAAAAACAAUUAAACGUAAAAAUACUAAUCAAACACUUGAUUCAUUUAUAAACAAAAAAUCGAAAAUUUAA